UAAUUUAUCAUUUUUGGCCUUAUUCUUGAUUAUUCUUUCUAUCGUUUCAGCAGAAACUAUAAAUGUUGCUGUCGGCGGUGAUUCGUUAACUUUUAGCCCACAAAACAUUACUGUAAAUAAAGGCGAUACGGGAAGCUGUACCCCAUCCACAUCCCUUAAAAGCGGCAAUGCUACUAUUUCCGAUGCAAGAACUAGUGGCAUGGUAAUAUUUACAAUUGAUGGUUCUGAUUCAAAAAUCUGGUAUUAUUGUGGUGUAGGUAAUCACUGUAAAAUGGGUAUGUGGGGUAUGAUCUCUUUAGCAGGUUCUGACAGUUCUGGUACAAAAG